AUGACCGAUAUUGUGGGUGCAAGCAAAGUGAACGACAAUUUGUGCUUGAAUAAUAUGAUCGUGUUGCGUUUGCUGAGUGAGGAAGUGUUCGAUUUCGACGGCGAAAUGACACAGGCCAAAGCGCAUCAUCUGAAGAAAACGUUUUGUGGUGAAUUCCAGGCUGUAUUCACGCUGUGCCAUUUGGUUAUGGAAACUUCAGAAAAUGCUGCCUUGGUGGAGGCAACACUAAAUACAUUGUAUCGUUUCUUGAGUUGGAUUCCAGUCGGAUAUAUCUUCGAAACGAACAUCAUUGAUUUGCUGACCCAAAAGGUAGUUGAGUUUAAACUGGUGGUUUUGUGA